GCGCMCAAUCGCGGCGCGUAAACUGAACUCAGUUGUUGUUAGCAACUACCGGCUAAGCUAAUGGCUAACCGGAAAGCUAACGGGACUUCUCACUAAUCUCCUCCUAAAACGGAGCAGAGUGCGGCUGUUUGGGUCAUUUCGGUCGCAACGACAAGUCGUUCUCCCUGAAUAAAAGUCUUAAAGUAUCAGGGAUAAAAUGACCUCUGCAAUGUCUGAUCCAACCCUAGAGAGACAUUUCAAGGGUCAUAGAGACACUGUGACAAGUGUGGACUUCAGCUGCAACAUGAAACAGAUUGCCACAGGCUCGAUGGACUCUUGUGUGAUGAUCUGGAACUUGAAGCCUCAGAUGAGGGCCUAUCGCUUUGAUGGACACAAAGAAGCUGUAACUUCGGUUCAGUUUUCUCCAUCUGGCCACCUGCUGGCCUCUGCCUCCAGAGACAAAACUGUGCGCCUUUGGGUGCCCAGCAUGAAGGCUGAUUCAACGGUGUUCAGGGCUCACACUGCCACUGUGCGCUGUGUCAAUUUCUCUGGUGAUGGACAGACUCUGGUCACCGCAUCUGAUGACAAAACCAUCAAAGUGUGGACAGUCCACCGACAGAAGUUUCUCUUCUCGCUCAACCAGCACAUGAACUGGGUCCGCUGUGCCAAAUUUUCUCCGGAUGAUCGUUUGAUUGUGUCGUGCAGCGAUGAUAAGACCAUAAAGCUUUGGGACAAGAACAGCAGAGAGUGCAUUCACKCUUUCUUUGAACAUGCUGGUUUUGCAAACUAUGUGGACUUCCAUCCCAGUGGGACUUGUAUUGCAGCAGCUAGUACUGACCACUCUGUGAAGGUGUGGGACAUCAGAACUCACAGGAUGCUUCAACACUACCCUGUCCACUGCGGUGUUGUAAACGGUUUGUCUUUCCAUCCUUCUGGAAGUUUUCUAAUUACUGCAUCCAGCGAUUCUACAGUGAAAAUAAUGGACCUUGUGGAGGGUAAACUAUUGUAUACGCUGCAUGGACAUCAGGGUCCAGUCACUUGUGUGGCCUUCUCCAGGACGGGGGAGUACUUUUCCUCUGGAGGUUCUGAUGAACAGGUUAUGGUCUGGAAGAGCAAUUUUGACUGUUUUGAAUGUGCAAAACUGGAACAUAAAAGUGGAGCCAGUGCCACCAGUCAUCUCCCACAGAAUUUGUAUCCAACUACUGGUACUCUCCGCAGCCAGACCUUUGAAUCAGCCGAUCCAAUGAGCAGAAAGGACUCUCAAACCACUGCUCGCUCUCAGAGUUUGAGCCGCGAUGGCAGCCACAGCAGAGCAGCUCACUCUUCUACCCACAGAGAUCCCACCGUCAGGUCGUCCUCCRCCCAGGAGAAUCCGAGCCAAAGUUUACCGCGACCUUCACAUCAGGAUGAAGCACAGUCCGGUGCUUCAGAUGGAAGGGUUCCCUCUGGUCUGACAAACACCCUGGAGCACAUCAUGGGUCAACUGGACAUUCUCACUCAGACUGUGUCGAUCCUUGAGCAGCGGUUGACGCUGACUGAAGACAAACUCAAGGAGUGCUUGGAGAACCAAAUGGAGAUUCGACAGCAUCUUCAGAGGAAAGAGGACGACUAAAGGUGGAAGAAAUGUUGACAAAGGUGGCCACAUUGAUAACACGAACAGAAACUGCAUCUAAAAGAAGGGGCCCUACAUAUUCAGUCGCACAUUCACGAGUACCAGAUGAACGCACACUGAGCCGUACUGCUGAUGCACUGCUUAUUUUACACAGAAAUAUCAGGGGUGAAGGAGCUGAAUAUUAGAGAAGUUCCUCCCCAGUAGUGCUGAGUGCGCAGCCUGUUUUCUGCUGACAAGGGACUAGUCUUUUUGUAUACGUGCCUGCGCUGAAUGUGUGUUCAGAGCGACUGCCUGUUCAAGUGUCAACGCAUACGAGGGCCCCCUGGUCGUGUUUAUGUUCUGUCUCCGUUUGUCACGAGCGGAGCGAGAUCAAACGUUCUUGGUUAUCAUAAAGUCCAGAUGCGGUAAACAGAACCAGGUAAUAGAUUGGUGGACGUAUUUUAGUAGCAGACAUUUUGAAAGUAAAAAUGAAAUACUUAGCUGCCAAAAAGAACUCCCAACACAGUGCCUUCAUUUUAUACAUCUGAUGAUCAUUUCUGUUUUGUUUUGUUUGUUUUUUUUGCCAAGAAAUCCCAUGAGAAGAUCAAAACUUAGUCACUUAUUGAUGUUAUCAACAAUCGUUGGUGAUUCUUGAGCUCUUUGUUGCUUUCCUUAAACUGUUAGUAAAGCACUGCUGCUCCAGAGCUACAUCUUAUUUCCUUAAAUCCUCUUGAAUCUCCUGUUUACUCACCAACUCGCUUGUGUGUUUACAUUGAGCUUUGGGCUUAGCUCUGCAGGCAGGUUUAGAGAGUCAGAAGAUGAAGUAACUUGUUUAUUCUCAGGUUGACAAUAAGAACUCUUUAAAUGACAUCAUCCUCUGACUUUGUGAUGUCGUUUUUUUUUUACUUGCUCUUUCUAUACUGUUUUGAAAACUUUUAAUCUCUGAAGUAUGUUAUUGUUAAUAAAUGUUUUACCCUCUUA